CUCACCAACCCCGACCAGCCAACUCUUCGCUAUAUGUACCCGCCAUUUCUCUUCCGAUAUUCUCAGGGCUCUCUCUUCGUCUCCCUUACUAACUCGAGCCCCAAGAGAAGAAGGUAUACUGAGCACAAUGGCUCUAGCCUACACCUCUGCUAUCUCCACCAAAUCUCUCCUCCAACCCCACUCCGACUCCGCUACCGCUUUCGUCGGCGCCGCUCCCCAACUCCGAUCCGUCAUACCCGCUGGCGGCCGUCCCCGCCUCAUCACCGCCGUCCAUGCGGCGGAUCCUGCCAAGAACCCGACUGUCACCGAGAAGCCAUCUCCGGCAACCACGGUUCUGUCGCCGGCGACUGCGAGGCCGGGAAAGUGGACUCUUGACAGCUGGAAGUCAAAGAAGGCGCUACAGCUUCCGGAGUACCCCAACAAGGAUGAUCUAGAAUCGGUGCUCCACACGAUCGAGAACUUCCCGCCUAUCGUAUUCGCCGGCGAGGCCCGCAAUCUUGAGGAGCGCCUAGGGGAAGCCGCUCUAGGCCGGGCAUUCCUCCUCCAGGGCGGCGAUUGCGCCGAGAGCUUCAAGGAAUUCAACGCCAACAACAUCCGAGAUACCUUCCGCGUUCUCCUUCAGAUGAGUGCCGUCCUUAUGUUUGGCAGCCAGAUGCCGGUCAUCAAGGUGGGAAGAAUGGCGGGCCAAUUUGCGAAGCCGAGGUCGGAUAACUUGGAGGAGAAGGAUGGCGUCAAACUACCAAGCUACAGAGGAGAUAACAUCAAUGGCGAUGCCUUUGAUGAGAAGUCGAGAAUUCCGGAUCCGCACAGGAUGAUCAGAGCUUACUGCCAGUCAGCGGCAACAUUGAAUCUCCUCCGUGCUUUCGCCACCGGAGGCUACGCCGCUAUGCAGAGAAUCACGCAGUGGAACCUCGAUUUCACCGAGCACAGCGAGCAGGGAGACAGGUACAAGGAGUUGGCCCAUCGGGUGGAUGAAGCCCUUGGCUUCAUGUCGGCUUCUGGGCUUACGGUGGACCAUCCCAUCAUGACCACGACAGAGUUUUGGACCUCACAUGAGUGCCUUCUCCUCCCUUACGAGCAGUCCCUCACCCGCAAGGAUUCCACCUCAGGCCUGUACUAUGACUGCUCUGCUCACAUGCUCUGGGUCGGCGAGCGCACCCGCCAGCUCGAUGGUGCCCAUGUGGAGUUCCUUCGUGGUAUCGCGAAUCCUCUUGGCAUUAAGGUUAGUGACAAGAUGGACCCGAAUCAGCUUGUGAAGUUGAUUGAAAUCCUGAACCCAGAAAACAAGCCAGGGAGGAUAACUAUAAUUACAAGGAUGGGAGCUGAGAACAUGAGGGUGAAGCUGCCCCAUCUAAUCAGAGCUGUCCGCGGCGCAGGACAGAUUGUCACCUGGGUCAGCGACCCGAUGCAUGGGAACACCAUCAAGGCGCCCUGCGGCCUUAAGACACGCCCCUUCGACGCUAUUCUGGCGGAGGUUCGAGCAUUCUUUGAUGUGCAUGAACAGGAAGGAAGCCACCCAGGAGGGGUGCACCUGGAGAUGACAGGGCAGAAUGUGACGGAAUGCAUUGGUGGAUCGCGCACUGUAACCUUUGAUGACCUGAGCUCUCGAUACCACACGCAUUGCGACCCUAGGCUAAAUGCCUCGCAAUCACUAGAGCUGGCCUUCAUCGUUGCCGAGCGGCUCAGGAAGCGCAGGAUUGCCACCAAACGCCCUCAGCUUGUUUCCUUGCCUUCCCUGGGGCUCUGAAUUUGGAGGGGAAUUAAGGGUGUUACUUGUGUAGCUCGUUUGAUAUUAUAUAUAUAUGCUUGAUGUAUUGUAAUGCUGUAGUUGAUAUUCAUUCACUUUAAUGUGUAUCUAUAUCUGUGAGCUUGGAUCAACUUGGACUGGAUUCUGAGAAUAGAAUAAGCAGAGUUCGAAUUUCUCUA